AUGAGCGGCUCGCCGACGCUCAGCGCCAUCGUGCAAACGAUUAGAAAGAUGCAAAUGGAUUGCGUCAAAAAGUUGAGCCGAAGUAUCUCCCAAGCUGUCCCCGAUUCGCCAAGCUGUUCGACGGCGCGCUCACCGACGGCGCACUCACCGACGGCGCGCUCACCAACGCUUUCACCAACUACUCCAUCCAUGAAGCAUCGUCCUCUCGAUGAAAGCCACACGCCGAAGAGCCUCACCGUUCACACUGGAUCCUACCGGAAAGUCGUCUCGGCUACGCAACUGGGCGAGGAGCUGCUCGACAGCAUCCAUGGGACGCCAAAGAAUUCUUCGACGCUUCCCCCGGGCCAGCUUCCGGAAGUUCGCGUCCUCGUUCUCUACACUGGAGGAACCAUCGGCAUGAAGAACGACGGUGGCGUAUACUGUCCGAUGCCCGGAUAUCUGCCGGAAGUCCUGCGCACGAUCCCGCCGCUUAACGAUAAGAAGUACGUUGAAAGCGUAUACAUGUCGGCUACGGUGCAGCCCUAUGCCCUGCCUCCCGUCAAGAAUAUGAAGAAGCGGAUUGUGUAUUGGAUCGUUGAAUAUGAUCCUCUUUUGGACAGUUGCAAUAUGACUUUUGAUGAUUGGAUCCGUAUCGCCGGCGAUAUCAAAAAAUCCUAUCAUCAUUACGAUGGUUUUGUCGUGUUGCAUGGAACGGAUACGCUCGCCUACACCUCAUCUGCCCUCUCGUUCAUGAUGGAGAAUCUCGGAAAACCCGUCAUUAUUACUGGCUCGCAGAUCCCGGUGGCUGAGGUUCGAUCGGACGGCAUGGAUAACUUAAUCGGUGCCUUGAUCAUGGCUGGGAACUUUGACGUGCCCGAGGUUUGUGUCUACUUCAACAACAAGCUGAUGCGCGGCAAUCGUACGCUGAAAAUGGACAACUCGGCGCUGGAUGCUUUCGUGUCUCCCAAUUUGCAUCCGUUGGCCGAGAUGAAUAUCAACAUUAAAGUGCACUACGAUGCGAUUUUCCGUUCUGGAUGCUUGGCUCCAUUCAAUGUGCACGAGGAUCUUUGCCGUGACGUCUCACUGCUUCGUAUCUUCCCAUCUAUGAGCAUUCAUUCGGUUCGCGCCUUCCUUGCUCCGCCUAUCCGUGGCGUCGUCCUGCAAACAUACGGUGCUGGAAAUAUGCCGACGAAGAGGACGGAUAUUAUUGAAGCCUUGAAGGAAGCAAUCGAACGCGGUGUGCUGAUUGUCAACUGUACGCAAUGUAUCAAGGGACAAGUGGAUAUGCAUUACGCAACCGGCAAGAUCCUUUACGAUAUCGGCGUGAUCCCGGGCUCGGACAUGACCUCAGAAGCCGCGCAGAUGAAACUGUGCUAUAUCCUCGGCCGUAAUGAUCUUGAUCAGGAAGCGAAGAUGAAGAUGCUCCAAGCCAAUAUCCGCGGUGAAUUGACGGUGGCCCCGAUGGAGAUCAAGGAAAACGAAAUCAUCAGCCAAAUUGCCACCUAUCUCCACAUCUCAUCCAACCACGAGAUGCAGUACUUGCGCGAUUCCCUUCUUCCGCCCUUGAUUUGCCAAGCUGCAAAGGAAGGAAAUGUGGAGCUGCUGACCAAACUGCACGAGUCGGGCGGCCAUUUCUCCUACCAAGACUACGACCUUCGCACUGCCCUUCACGUGGCUGCUACAUGGGGCCAACGGGAAGCCGUCGAGUAUCUGCUCAAGAAUGGCGCCAAUGUUCAUAUCAGGGACCGUUGGAAGUGCAAUGCGAUCAUCUGCGCCAUCUGGGCCAAAAAUAUUGACGUUGUUCGCGUGAUCCGCGAAGCCGGCGGCCGAAUCGGUGGAAAUCCCAAGGAAACUGGUAUGGAGCUGUGCAUGGCGGCUUCUCAAGGCGAACAGCAGCUGAUUGAAUGCUACGCAGCUGCCGGUGCCGAUCUCCACCAAACGGAUUAUGAUGGCAGAACUGCACUGCAUCUGGCCUGCUCGAAUGGACACUUUGCUCUUGUGGAAUACCUGAUCAGCGAGGGAUUAGACCCCCAUACGAAAGAUCACUUUGGCCAUACUUCCAUUGAUGAGGCCCGCAAUGCCGGUUAUGCCAAGAUCGAGAAAAUGCUGCUCCGCUUUGCCCCCAACCCGAAACUGUCGACGAUCGAGGAGAAGGAGGGAAUGAUGUUCAAGAUCGACGACCACUUGGCUUCGACGUCUUCACAGAAACCGAACAAUCCUCUGGCU